AUGGCUGAUAAUGAUUACGCCGUGAAUGUGAUGACGAAUUUCAUUGCAGGAGUUAUGGCCGCUCCGGUGUGCUUAACUAUCCAAUACACCGCUAAGUUGAAGCAAAACUGGUGGCUUCCUUGGGUUCUUUUCGCUGGGACGUUUCUCGGAACUCUCUUGACAAAAUUCAUGGAAACCAAUCUAAAGAACAUGGGAUUUUGGGCUUGCGUAAAGGAAUCUGCCUCGUCGGGUGGCUACUUUGUUCUUGGUGGAGCUCUCCCCAUGAUCUUGGGAUCGAUGAUACCAAAUGUCGGAGGAGAUCACUGGGUCCGAAUUUUGGUGGCCAUAGUUAUUUCUAUUUUAGAGGUGGUAGUAGCGAUCGCAAUUUUUCAGAAUGAAGAACUCGGAAGUCCAAGAGAAACUAAGUUUUCGGUAUGGUGGGUUCUUGCUUGUGUGAUGAUCGGAAGUGCAGUAUUCACCGGGCUUGCAGAUGCACUGGAUUAA